AUGUCCACCCAACAGUGUUCCAAGAAAAUUACUGUGCGCAAUGUUUCAGAAGCAGCUUCUGAAAAACAAGUUAAGGAUUUUUUCUUGUUCUGUGGAAAGAUUAAAGAAUUUGAACUUAUAAAGGAAGAAAGUAGCAACAAACAAAUUGCCCAUAUUACGUUUGAACGAGAAACUGCUGCAAAAACCGCUAAAAUGUUGACCAACGCUGUUAUUGGUGACUCUCAAAUAACCGUCGAAGGUACUGAUGAUGACUCACAUGAAGAAGAAGAAUUCCCAGAGGGUGAUGGUAUAACUCAAGAAGAUAAGGUUAGAUGUGAUAAAAAGAAUGUUCAGCCAAAAGCACGCGUUUUGGCUGAAAUCAUAGCAGCUGGAUAUAAACUUCAAGAUGCCAUUAUCGAACAGGGCCUCGCAUUUGACGCAAAGUAUGGCAUCAGUGCUCGUUUUAGCAGCUAUUUAAAAUCUAUCCAAGAACAACUUCAAUCAUUGGAUGAAAAAUAUAAUGUCUCCGGAACUGUCGUCAACACAGCUACUCAACUUAACGAAAAAUAUCAGGUACAAGGCAAAGUGGACACGGUUGUAUCGCAGGUUCAAGACACGGCCAAACAAGCCCUAGACACUACUCCAGGAAAACAACUCGCUGGACUUUACUGCUCUGCUUAUAAACAAGUAGCAGAUGUUUACAAUGAUGCCGUAAGAAUUGCUAACGAACAGAAAGCCAAACAAAUUGUUGAAAAUUCUUCACAAGUGAAAGCCGAAAGCCAGUAA